GUUGUGUUGGAGUGAGUCGUGAUAUUUGAUCACUCAGGUGUUGUGUUGGAGUGAGUUGUGAUAUUUGAUCACUCAGGCGUUGUGUUGUGUUGGAGUGAGUCGUGAUAUUGAUCACUCAGGUGUUGUGUUGUGUUGGAGUGAGUUGUGAUAUUGAUCACUCAGGUGUUGUGUUGGAACAUGUGGCGUUUAUACUUGUAGCGCCGGUUCUGCUGCUUAUUGACGUCUUAGAUCUCUGACCAUCCCGGUGGCCGCUUGGUGGCGCUGCAAUCCGCACGGCCGGAAGUGGAUCUGCGUGUAUUUCCGGUUUCGUAGCCGUUGUGUUUGUCCAGUAGCAGAACUCUUCGAGCCUCCUCCAGUCUCGUUGUUUUAUAGCCGCCAUGUACAGAGGACCAGACCGACCUCAGUGGAGUCCCGGAGCUCCGCGGCCGACUGACCGCUUUCCGUCCCCGGCUCCCCGCUGGGGUUUCCCCGGGCUUCGCUCUCCCUACGGAGGCUCCGGUUCCUGCUACGAGUCCCCGCUGCGGUCUCCGGGGUCUCAGCGAGGCUUCGGCUACGGGGACGGAAGCGGGUCACGGGGAUUCGGAGGAUCGAAGCGACCCAGAGGGGGUUCAUGUGGUCCGACGUCCAGUCACCGCAUGCAGGCGGAAUCUUCAGUGGAGAAAUAUUUCAGUCGGUCAAUGCUGCAGGAUCCCUGGGAAGCUCUUCAGCCGGCUUCAGAUGGACGUCCUGAGAGGAAGCAACAAGACUCACUGGACUACAACAGGAAGCCGCUAAACUGAAGUCCUUUCAGAAGUGAAAGAGACCAUUCAGAGGCUUGUUCCUCAUCGCCAUGGAUACAACCUGUCAGUCACUGCUCAGUCAAAGUCCCUCAUGUUUCACCUGUUUCAUUCAAACUAUUCUGAUUCAUGAAGAAGGUUGGCACCAGCUGAUUUGAUAUAUUGAGUGACUAUGAAAUAGUUUUACACAUGUUGACACUAUACUGAAUCAUAUCCUGUGCUCACUAUUGCUGCUGAAAACUAGGAUUGAGAAAUAUUCCUUUGAAGUGCCGUAGUACUGUGUUUCUGUUUCAGGUUCUCUUGUGUACAAAUCCUAGUUUUGGGAGUUAAUAAACACACCGCCAUGUCGGUUCAUGAUUAAAUA